AUGAACACAGUUGCAGUUAACUUCCAGACUAUGGGACAAACUGCUCAACAAUAUGGUGGUCGAAGUACAACUGUCCCUGAUUCUGCUAUUCCUUUCUACCAUUCUCCAAUACCACAAAUGACAACGACAUUCAGCCACGGGUUUACAGAGAGGGAUGACCAAGAAAUGAUGUCAUAUGACCCCUCAACAAAUGUCAUUUGCAUCGGAAUGGUUUUCCCAGAUUUUCCCACACUAAAAAAAGCUGUAUCAACAUACAGUAUUCAUCAGAGGCGGAGCUUCAUAACGAAUCACAAGAAAAAAAAUAAUUGGAAAGUCUUGUGUCAAAAUUUCAAUGCAAUUCCUUCUUGUGGCUGGACAUUAUCUGCAAGGAAAUUGCAUGGGGUAUCUUCUCAAUGGAUGGUGACAAAGUUCUUUGAUACACAUGACUGCACAGUACAAUACAACCAAGGAGGGGCAUACAGAAUGUGCAAUAGCGCACUAAUUAGCGAUUUGAUUUUCCAAAAGAUCGCUGUUGACCCACAGUACAAAAUCAAACACAUCCAAGUUGAUGUGAGUCAACAUUACGGUGUGGACAUUUCGUACAGGAAGGCAUGGUACGCCCAACAAAAAUGCAUUGAAAUGCAGUACGGGAAUUUCCAACAGUCCUACAAUGAUCUCCCACAAUUCUUGUGUAACUUGCAAGUGUCCAACCCGGGAACGAUUGUUGAGAUGGAGUGUAUUCCUUCCGAACUACGUGGUUCUGAAUACAUGCAUUUCAAGUAUGCAUUCUGGGCUUUCAUGUCGGCAAUUGAUAGAUUCCGCUCCUGCGUCCCAGUUAUUUGUAUUGAUGGUACACAUUUGUACAAUCGGUACAAAGGGCAUCUCCUUCUAGCAUGCGGAUACACUGCAAACAAAGAAAUAUAUCCACUGGCUUAUUCAAUAGUUGACUCGGAAAAUAAUGCUAGCUGGACUUGGUUUCUACGACUACUCGCUGAACAUGUCUUCCCCGAUUACGAUUCAAUGUGCAUCGUUUCGGAUAGACAUGCUGGAAUUGAUGCGGCGUUUAAGAACGUCAGACAAUUGCAUGGCCGAGUGAAACAUAGGUAUUGCCUUAGACACCUUCGGAGCAAUGUCCUGACAAAGGUCAGCAGAAAUCGGUGGUUACGUAGAUUGAUUUGGGAAGCUGGUACUGCUGUUACAACAAAUCAAUUCAAUGAAAACAUGCAGACCAUCCAACAAAACUGGCCCAAUGCAUACAACUAUCUGGCAGAACUCGAUGAAGAGGCAUGGACAUUAUGUCACGAUGGGGGGUCAUCGGUACGGCAUUAUGACAACCAAUCUAUCUGA